UUACUCCGACUAGGCCUGUCGUCACUCACCUGUCGGUUGUCGAACGGGGUUUCGGUAACAGCCAUGGCCGAGUGAUCGCCUUAAGCAGUCGGCUUAUUCGCUUUUUUAAGACAUUAAGAGACGUCACCUUCACCUUCACCAUCACAGGUUUGAACGUUUACCCAGAAAGCCAGCUCGCUAGCGAGCUAAAGACGCAGCUAAGCUAUUAGCCGACCCGAGCACACCUCUCUAAAUUAGGUCCCGGUGUCUGUUUUCAAGAUGUCAACUGCGGGGUUUAACUCCCAGAACGGGACGGGGACGGGACAGACAUAUGCAAAUGAAGCUGCCAAAUCCUACAAACUGCACCUUUAUUAAGGAGUGACGUGUCGCUCUGCAAUUCCUCUGGUCCGUCACAGAAUCCAGUUGCCCCGCAGCAGCUGCCCGGCGUGGGCUACGGCGCGCCUCACCAACCCACCUACAACGCCAUGCAGGCCAAAGCCCCCCCGACGCCCGCCCACCCUGGACUCUACCCCUCUGGGCCGUACCAGCCCGUCACCCCGGUGUGCUCCUACCAGCCCGGCCCGCCGCACACAUCCUACCCGGCGCCGUCGGGCCAGUCGCUGUUGCCGAGGCCCCCGGUGGGCGGUCCUCCGCCCCACACCCCUCCUCAGUCCGCCAGCCCCGGCCCUCGGCUGCCCGCUGCACAGGCCACCCCUCCCCCUCCCGCCGUGUCUUCUAGUAGCUACUACGCAAACCCCCAGCAUCCCGUGGCGCCGGCGUGGCAGUACAACGCGGCGCCCCCACCGAUGGGGCCGCCCGCCACCGUGAACGCGCCUCCCCGCGGCCCGGCGCCUCGUCACGCGAACCCAGCUUCAAAUUCGACCGGACCGCCGCCGCCGUCAGUUUACAGCCCUGCACCUGCAGCACCGGCACCGGCACCGCAUCACGUGCCCCACGGCGGGCCGCAGCCACCGGGCCCGCGGAUGCCCCGAACCCCUCAGCACGGAUAUACCCAGCCAGGCACCGCCCCCCCGCCGAUGACUCCCAUGUCUCCCGACGCGUACCAACCCAACAGAGCUCCCUACGGCCCCCCGCCCACCGGCCCGCCACCAGCUAUGAAGCCAGCAGCGCCUCCUCCCAUUGGACCCCCGAUGGCCAAUGCCACGCCUCCACCACCCCGAGCAGAUGCUCAGUGCGGGGGUGCAGUGAACAGCACUCUGCCCCCCGCUGAGCACGACUGCCCGGAGGGUGAUAUUGAAUGUCCAGGCAACGGCCCCCCGGAUCCCAGCAGCUACAAUCAUGGGGACCACCACAUGGGUGUCCCGCCCCAGCAGCCCGGGACACCUGGUCUGCACCUGGGCCACUACCCCUCCCUCCCGCCCGGCUACCAGAACACCCCCUCCCCCAUGCACCCCGCCAUCCAGGCCGCCACGCAGCCUAACACCCAAGGUCCUCAGCCGUACCCGCAGCCACACGGCGGCCCGGGGCUGAGCCCGUCCCUGGCGUCCUUGAGCCUCCAGGCCAGCACCCCGGAGGCCCUGAGGGUGGUGAACCUGCUGCAGGAGAGGAACCUGCUGCCCCCGACCCCCAUCCCGGCCCCCACGCCCUGCCUCCAGCAGGACCUGCAGAAGAUCAACUGCCACCCGGAGGUGUUUCGUAGUACGCUGACCAGCAUCCCUCAGACUCAGUCGCUGCUCAAUAAAGCCAAGAUGCCGCUGGGCUUGCUGCUGCACCCCUUCAAAGACCUUUCGCAGCUUCCUGUGGUGACGUCCAGCACCAUCGUCCGGUGUCGGUCGUGCCGGACCUACAUCAACCCCUUCGUCUCGUUCCUGGACCAGAGGAGGUGGAAGUGCAACCUGUGCUUUCGGGUCAACGACGUUCCAGAGGAGUUCAUGUACAACCCGGUCAGCCGGUCGUACGGAGAGCCACACAGACGACCCGAGGUCCAGAACGCCACCAUCGAAUUCAUCGCUCCCUCAGAAUACAUGCUGAGGCCACCGCAGCCGGCCGUCUACCUCUUCAUCCUGGACGUGUCCCACAACGCGGUGGAGACGGGCUACCUGACGGUGUUCUGCCAGUCGCUGCUGGACAACAUCAACGCGCUUCCCGGAGACGCCCGGACGAAGGUGGGCUUCAUCACCUUCGACAGCACCAUCCACUUCUACAACCUCCAGGAGGGACUUUCUCAGCCGCAGAUGCUCAUUGUGUCCGACAUCGAAGAUAUCUUUCUACCAACACCAGACAGCCUUCUAGUAAACCUCAAUGAAUGCAAAGAACUCGUGCAGGAUCUGCUGAAGAGCCUGCCAACUUUAUUCGAGAAGACCAUGGAGACUCAGUCCGCCCUGGGCUCGGCGCUGCAGGCCGCCUACAAGCUGCUGCUGCCCACCGGGGGGCGCAUGUCCAUCUUUCAGACCCAGCUGCCCAACCUCGGCGUGGGGACCCUCCAUUCCAGAGAAGACCCCAACCUGCGGGCGGCGGCCAAGGACGUGCAGCACUUGUCGCCGGCGACGGACUUCUACAAGAAGCUGGCGCUGGACUGCUCCGGCCAGCAGGUGGCGGUAGACCUGUUCCUGCUCAGCUCCCAGUACUGCGACCUGGCGUCGCUCGGCUGCAUAUCCAGAUACUCGGCCGGCAGUGUCUACUACUACCCCUCCUACCACCACCAGCACACCCCCGCUCAGGUGGAGUGCUUCCAGAAGGACCUGAAGAGAUACUUGACCCGGAAGAUCGGCUUCGAGGCCGUCAUGAGGAUCCGCUGCACCAAAGGUCUGUCCAUCCACACGUUCCACGGGAACUUCUUCGUGCGCUCCACGGAUCUGCUGUCGCUCCCCAACGUGAACCCGGACGCCGGCUUCGCGGUUCAGAUGUCAAUCGAGGAAAACCUGGACGACAUGCAGGUCGUUUCCUUCCAGGCCGCACUGCUUUAUACGUCCAGCAAAGGAGAGAGGAGGAUCCGUGUCCACACCUUGUGUCUCCCGGUGGUCAACUCUCUGUCGGACAUCUUUGCUGGAGCUGAUGUUCAGGCCAUCACUGGACUGCUGGCUUGUAUGGCUGUGGACCGCUCCGCGACGGCCAGUCUGAGCGACGCCAGAGACGCGAUGACCAACGCGGCCAUCGACUCGCUGACGUCGUACCGGCAGUCGGUGCUGACCAUCCAGCAGCCCGGCCUGCUGGCCCCGGCCUGCCUCCGGCUCUUCCCCCUCUUCAUCCUCGCUCUGCUCAAGCAGAAAGCCUUCAGGACGGGAACCAGCACGCGGCUGGACGAGCGGCUGUUCGCCAUGUGCCAGCUCAAGUACCAGCCGCUGGUCUACGCCAUGCUGAUGAUCCACCCGGCGCUCUACCGCGUGGACGACCUGACGGAUGAGGGCGCUCUGAGCAUCAGCGAGCGGACCGUCCCUCAGCCCCGAGUGCUGCAGCUGUCGGUGGAGAAGCUCAGCCGGGAGGCGGCGUUCCUCAUGGACGCCGGCACGGUGAUGUAUCUGUGGAUCGGACGCCACUGCCCCCUGAGCUUCCUGACUCAGGUCCUCGGGGUCACGAGUUACGCCGCCGUGCCCGACAACCUGUACCUGCUCCCCGAGCUGGACACCCCCGAGUCUCAGAGAACCAGGGCGUUCGUGGGCUGGCUGAGGGACCAGAGGCCGUUCUUCCCCUCCCUGCUCGUCGUCAGGGACGAGAGCCAGCUGAAGCCCAGCUUCAUGCAGAACAUGAUCGAGGACCGGACGGAGUCGGCCCUCUCCUACUACGAGUUCCUGCUCCACCUCCAGCAGCAGAUCUCCAAAUAGUCUUCAGUGGGACUGUGGAGGCGAGGACGCUAAUCAGUGUGUGUGUGUGUGUGUGUGUGUGUACGUGGAGAGUGUGUGUGUACGUGGAGAGUGUGUGUGUGAGAGUCAGACACGAGGAAGCCUCUUGCUCCAUCUCCAGCUGCACCAUAUCUAUCUCUCUCUAAAAGAAAGACUCUCGCUCCUCGAUUUAAAGCCCGUGACGGACGGAGGGCGACGAAGAAUCGAUGCUGGCGCUCGUUAGUCACCGUUAUCUUUUCUCUUUUUAAACCGGCCGAAAGGGGGGGGGGCGGUCUUCAUGAUUUUUUUUUCGAAAGACAAAUAAUAGUGUAAGGAAUCCAAGCUGGUGACGGCGAGUGUGUGGUGAAUGAAUCGGUGUUUAUUCUCAUAGAACAAUGCUGUCUUACUGAGGUAUCGCUCAGAUACGGUCCAGGCAAACUGAAAGUGUGUGUGUUAGUGUGUUAGUGUGUGAGGGUGUGUGUGUGCUUAGGAAUGGGGUUCAAGAAGACAUUUGGUGUGUCUGCACUUGUUGUAGAGCGUCACAACUGAGCUCUACCAACUCUUCAUAUCGUACCUGAAGGACAGAACAUGUGCUUUUCUUUUUUUCUCAGUCAUUAUAAGUGUGCGUGUGCGUGUGCGUGUGCGUGUGUGUGUCAAAAUAAAUCCGUAGACCGCCAUCGCUGCGUUGAAUGUGUGGACCCUGCGGCGGGAAGUCGUUUUCAUUGGUCUGAUGUGUCCUCCUUUCUCCACCCCCUCACCCAUCUCUCUCUCGCUCUCUUUCGGACGUCCCUGUUCUGUCGGUUCAUUUCAUCGUCUUUUGUUUUCAGAUAAUCUUAAUAAUUUAUGAGACUCUCGAUCGGAUUGAUUUCUAUAAUUGCCUUGGACGGGGAAGUCACUUUUUAUUAUUAAACCUGUUUAAAUACGGACUCUAUAUAUGAAAUAUUUUAAUAUAAUAGGAUAUGGGAAAUUCUUUAACACGGACAUAACAAAGCCAUUGUGAUCUUUUAAUCAUGCUUAUUGAUACUUGUAUAUUGAAAAAGACCGCAUUAAAUAAAGUUGAAGAAAUGUUGCUGAUUUUAGUAGAAUUAUUAAGGUGAAACGACACGAAGGAAGUGCGGCGUUUGGGGCUUUUUAAUGUAGUUGUGUGUUUCGGCGAGUGAAGAAUAUGGACCAAUAAUAGUCAGUCUUCUCUGGACUGAGUGAAUUUAAGAGUUUUCUUUUCUUUAUUUCUUUUUGGUCUGAUUUCUUACACUUUGUAAUCUAUGUAUUAUAUAAGCAACGACAUGUAUUUAGGAACAGACGGAUAUGUUUUGGCCUUAAUGCACAAAAUUGUCUUUCAUUAAAAACAAAAAGAAGGAAAAAAAGAUGAAAAUAAAAAUAUAGCCUGUG